AGCCGAUAUGCGUUGCCACCGAGCCUUUUGGGUGUACGCAAGUGACAAUGGAGAGCGCAUCUCCAAGAAAGCAGCAACGUUUGCACAACAACAAGCUGCUCAAGAGCAACCUGGCGCUAACAAGACCGCUGAAAACUGGCUUCGUAGUCGCGCAGGGAGGUCUCUCAAAGAUGCCUGGCUUAAAGAGCCCCCUGAAACAAGGCAGAAGUACUACUUGGAGAACCCAGACGGCGGCUUUCCUCUUGAAGAGUACCCUACAGGCUUUCGCGAUGGUCGCACAGACCGUAGCCGCUACCCUAGAAUGAUAUGCGCUGACGUCGAACGCCCUCAGGUCCUCCAAAACAGCGUCCAUGGAGCGCAAGACAGGGCACACAUGCCGAUCGACCUGUCGGUCAGCGAACAGCUCAGAGGUUUUGAGAGGCAGCGUAAAGAGCUGUUGCGAGCGGCGUUUGACGCGGAAACGACGGCGUUGGCGUUCGCCACGAAACAAAAGGAUAUUCACCUAGUUAUUUCUCGUUCGGCCGCGUUAGUGGAGUGUUUGGGAGGUCAAAUCGCGGUGAUGGUGCCCGCGCAAAUAAGAGCGUCGGUUUUGAGCGUUAUAGCGGAAGUGGCCAUGCAUGUAAAGGGCGCAGCGACACAAAUGGUCAUGUAUUCUGACGAUGAAGCGAAAGAUGCGUUGCUCCAGUCGCAGACUUGCGUUAUCAACGCAAACGCAUCUCUUGAGAAGUACGUAUGUGAUGCAGCAGAAACUAGUCAAAUAUUUGCAAGUAUUUAUGAAGGGAGAGAACAUUAUACGGCUAAGACAACAAAGCAUUUGAAGAACUUGUAUUGGAUGGGAGAAGAGAGGCCGAAAGCGAUUCUACAAGAAACUGGAGACCGGCCAGCAAAUAUUACCCUGGUUAAUCCUGCAGCACAGUAUCAAUUGGCGAUGGCUACGACAGCGAGUGGUGCAUCUGUAGCUCUAGAGGCCCCGGUUCGAGCAUCAUCCCCUGAUGAAGUUGCACCUGCUCACCGACGCAAGCGGCUAAAGAUCCUUCCAGUAACUCCUCAGAGUAGCCUCCCUUCAGUACCAAAUUUGUUGAGUGAAGAUGCCCGUGACGUUAGUGCUGAUGUAUCCACCGCUGCAGUUGGCGGUGAUGCAUCUAGUGGUGGCAAUGAUUGUGGGAAUGAGCCUGGCAGUGAUGAAGAUCUGAAUAGGAGUGAAGCGAUUGCUGUUGACAGUAACAGCGAUGUAGAAUUUUCAAGUGGUGGAGAGAGUGACGAGUCUAGCAAUUCUGAUGAAAGCGUUUUCGAAGAUGCCAAUGUGGAGAAAGCUGACACAAGUGUUCCACAUCGGUUUUUCAGGAAACGCUUUCCAAAAGAUAGCGCUAUACUAGUUUGGACAGAUCUUGAGGAAAGUGGAAAUUCUCGGACUGUGCACGUUUUUCCGUCAGAUUUGAACAGCUUAGAAGCAGAUGCUUCAUUGACUCAAACCGCGUUGGAUUUUUUCAUUUACCGCGACUUGCCUCGGGAAAAUGGGGUGGUUUGUCCUUGUGGGUCAGGACUAUACGUGUUAAUGGAGAGAGCUAGACGCACACGUAAGGCAGUUACGCAGCAGCGAUUAUUUGGUGAUUUGGUCGCACUAUUCAAUUGGUCAUACCAAUACCUGCUGCUACCUGUGUCUGGCGGGAAUCAUUGGAGCUUUUUGGUAAUUGAGAAUUUCAUGCACGCUGGACCCACGAAAGUUUAUCAUGUAAACUCAAUGAGGAAGGCUCAGAGUUCAGCGUACGCAUUUGAUAUCCUCAAUUGGUUCUUGGCAAAAGUCCAUGAAGCCAAAUCAGAUGCAUCAACUACUUUUGAAUGGAGUACGUUUGUCCACGACACAAAACCACAACAAUCAAACUGUGCAGAGUGUGGGCUUUACGUUCUUCACUACAUGGAUGCGAUUUCAAAGUGGAUAGUAGCUGAGAAGUUAAGCUCGAUAGAGGAUUCAAUCGCAGGGUUGACUACUGGGAAAUUUAACGCCACCAAAGCAUCCAUUUACCGAACACAACUUUAUAGGGCACUCAUGCCGAAGUGAACAAGUUAAACGACAACAAAGCGCAUAUAAUAACACAACAAAAAC